AUGGCUUUCUUUGUGGAAAAAUCUAGGGAGAUGGUGGUCUCUAUAGAGUCUCAAAAAUCAGUUCCCACCCCAUUUCUCAUCAAAACUUACCAACUUGUUGAUGAUCCAUCCACUGAUCACAUAGUGUCUUGGGGAGAAGAAGCUACCAGCUUUGUGGUGUGGAGACCUCCAGAGUUUGCUAGAGAUAUCCUUCCCAAUUACUUCAAACACAACAACUUCUCAAGCUUUGUGAGGCAACUCAACACCUAUGGUUUCAGGAAAAUAGUUAUCGACAGAUGGGAGUUUGCUAAUGACUUCUUUAUAAAAGGAGGAAAAAAUUUACUCUCUGAGAUUCACAGAAGGAAGACUUCUCAAGCCUCUUCACAAUACAACUCACCAACACCAUUUCAUUACCAUGAUGAAAUAAGCAGUUGGAUUGAACCUCCAAUAUUGUCUCUACCAAAUAGAGAUGAAAAUACAUUCAUUUCUGCACUUUCUGAGGACAAUGAGAGGCUGAGAAGGAAGAACUCCUACCUAUUAUCAGAACUCGCUAAUGUGAAGAAACUCUACAAUGACAUUAUCUACUUCAUACAAAGCCAUGUCAGCCCAAUGCCCGCAGAGCAAAGUUUGAUGAGCACAAAGCCUUGUAGGCUUGUAGAGAUUGAUCCUUCAGAUCAUCAAUGUUCUAAAAGCAAUGCGAUAUUAGAUGGCUCAUCAAAGCAAUCAGAGGUGCCAAAUAGCACAGUUAAGCUGUUCGGCGUUUCGCUUCAUGGAAAGAAGAGAUUACACUGGGAAAUCGGAGGCGGCAAAGGGUGUGAAAGAGAGUAA